CAGGGUCUUCACACUUCAGUCUUCACAAGAGAACAACUGCACUGUUCCAGCGUGAGAUAGAGAAAGAGAGAGAGAGAGAGAGAGCAAGGAUGGCGUCUCUGCUUAGCCUGUACGGAAGCGGCGGCCGGAGGAGGAUGAGCCGCAGUAGUGGCACGGCGGCGCCGGUGAGGCGGCUGCUGAGGAGACUGAGGUCCAGCUUCGGCCGGAGCGCGGCGCGGCCAAGGCGAAGAAGCGCGGUGAGGUUCGGGUACGACCUGCACAGCUACUCCCAGAACUUCGACGACGGCGUUGCCUCGUCAGCUCCGGCGGCCAUGGCUUGUGCGUAGCUAGGAUUCUAGAACCAGCCAAUCAGGAUUCUGCUUCUCUUAUGUGUAAAUAACUAUAGCCAAGAUAUUAGUGUGGCUUAAUGCUUCCUCACUGAGAGAUUGACCGAGUCCAGGGUUAAUUUCCGGUGAUUAGCUAUCUACUGUAGGUUCGUUAGUUGUUGUAUAUACAAGUUGUUUCGUCUGUGUAAUAAGCUACCCACAAGACAGCAGUUCUAUGCCUGCCAUAGAUCAACACACAAGGGGAUUUAUAGAUUGCUUUGGUCAGCUGUUGGAAUAUGGAUGGAUUUGAUCUGUUGAUUUAAGCUACUCUUUAUGCUAAA